AUGGCCUCCCUCGGCGGAAUAAUGGUGGCCCUAAUCACCCCCUUCACAGACGACAAGACCGCAAUCGAUCCAAGCCGCCUACAAGCACACAUCGAGCACUUGAUCACAGCCGGCGUGCACGGUCUCGUUCCAGGCGGCAGCACCGGCGAAUUCACCACACUGACAGUCGCCGAGCGCAAGCAACUAACCGAGCUCUGUGUGAAGUUCGCCGCAGGCCGAGUGCCCGUCAUCGCCGGCACAGGCAGCCUCUCCUCGGCCGAGGCAGUCGAGCUCUCCGUACACGCCGCGCAAGCCGGCGCCGCGGCGACCAUGGUCGUGCCCCCGUUCUACGACCCCGUCAACCUGGAACAGCUGCACGAGCUGCUGUCCGAGAUCCACACGGCCUCGGGCCUGCCUAUCGUCUACUAUAAUAUCCCUUCUGCGUCUGGGAUCACCCUCUCCCCUGCGGAGAUCGCUGGUCUGUCCAAGGUCGGCGUCAAGUACCUCAAGGAUACCUCUGGUAAUGCGCCCGCGCUGACGGAGCUGAUCUUCGGUCUGUCGGAUCAGAUUGUCUCGUUUAAUGGGUGGGAUACUUUGACUUUCUAUGGUCUUGCGGCUGGCGCGCCCGGUGGUAUCUGGGGUGCGGCGAAUAUUAUCCCCGAGUUGGCGGUUGAGCUUUAUGAGGCGGUUUCCGUGAAGGGGGAUUUGAAGCGCGGGCGGGAGAUUUGGGCGAAGGCUUGGCCUAUUUGCAAGUUCUUGGAGUCUCAUAACUAUGCGGCUGCUGUUAAGACUGGUGUUGAGUUGAUUGGGCAGCCUACUGGGGGCUUGCGCAAGCCUUUUGCUCUUCUCAAUCCGAAGUUGACGGCGGAACUUAAGCAGUUGUUGCAGAAUGCUGGAGUUAAGACUGUUUAG